AUGAGCAUCGGUAAAUUGAACCUGGUAAAGAGAUUAAAACGGGCAUACCUGCUAAAACUGCUGGUUUCUCAGUACUGUCACACUAUUCUUGCAACAUUGCAGGUUGAUAGGCUUUAUGGCUGGAAAACAUGUCGCAAUGCUCCAAUUCGUAAAGCAAUGUUGCAGCAGUCUAAGGAUGUUCAAAAUGAGUUCAAUAGGAGGCUCGAUCAGAUAUUGAGUAACGAGUCAAGCCAUCAAACUAUUGCACGAGGAGUGAUUUUAGAUACUAGCAAGAAUCAUAUAUCUGUUUCCUUUUCCAAGCUUUUGAAAAUUCUUGGUGAGGCUGCAAAGAAUUUGGCAGCUGUUAACCCUGAAAGAACCAUCUUUGAUGUUAAGAGACUUAUCGGAAGAAAAUUUGAAGAUAAGGAAGUUCAGAGAGACAUGAAGCUUGUUCCUUACAAGAUUGUUAACAAGGAUGGAAAACCAUACAUUCAGGUCAAAAUAAAGGAUGGUGAAACCAAGGUGUUCAGUCCUGAGGAGGUCAGUGCUAUGAUUCUGACUAAGAUGAAGGAAACCGCUGAAGCAUUCCUUGGCAAGACAAUCCGUGAUGCUGUCGUUACUGUCCCAGGUGAAUAA